AUCAAAACAAACGCACGUUUUCCAUGUUGCAUUUUCCUAGUUUCAUUUUCCGUGUUUGGUGGUGCAGAACGGAUUGAACAUUUUUGUAACUUGGAAAUUCCAAUCGUUUUCACUAUCGGAAUGAAGUGCCACUACGAAGUCCUCGGUGUCACUCGAACUGCAGAUGAUGACGAAAUUAAGAAAGCGUAUCGAAAAUUAGCUCUUCGUUGGCAUCCAGAUAAAAACUUGGAUAACUCGGAGGAAGCAAAUCAGCAGUUUUUGUUGGUGCAGGCAGCCUACGAUGUGCUAUCGGAUUCACAAGAACGGGCCUGGUAUGAUAAUCACCGUGAACAGAUUCUGAGAGGCGGCCAUACAAACUAUGAAGAUAAUUCUUUAGAUUUGUUUCAAUAUUUUACCACUUCUUGUUACAAGGGUUUUGGGGAUGAUUCCGGAGGAUUUUAUGCCGUUUACGGUGAAGUUUUCCACACCAUCGCAUCAGAAGAAAUUGAAUUUCUAGAAUCUGAAGUAGAUUUUGAUGCUAUACCAAAGUUCGGCAAUUCCAAGAGCGAUUAUGAAACAGAGGUUCGAUUGUUUUAUGGAUACUGGGAAGGCUUUUGCACGAAAAAAAGUUAUGCGUGGUUGAAUCCACACAACAUUAGUGAGAUUCGUGACCGAAGAAUUCUCAAGGUAAUCGAGAAGGAGAACAGAAAGGUACAACAAAAAGCUAGAAAAGAGAGAAAUGAAGAAAUUCGUUCGUUAGUUUUGUUUGUUAAAAAACGGGAUAAGCGGAUGCAAGCUUACAAAACAUUGCUUGAGAAAAGAGCUGAGCAAAAUCGACUUAAGUCUCAACAAAAUCGAUUGGAUCAAAUACGACGAAAGCAGAAAGAGAUUGAAGAGCAGCAGAAAAACUCGUCGAAUAUAUUUAAUGAAGCAUACGAGGAACAGUUGAAGAAAUUGGAAGCAUCUUAUGCACAGGCAUCGGAAGAGUCGUGUGAAGAGGAAGAUGAAGCCGUUAAAACAGUUGGGAAUGCAAUGGCUGGACUUGUGAUCGGUAAAGACGAAAACGGAGAGGAAAAUUUCUACGUCGACGAUCUUUAUUGUGUGGCAUGUGAUAAAAUGUUCAACAAUAAAAAAUCGUUCGAAAAUCAUGAAUCAUCAAAAAAGCAUAAACAGAAUAUUGAGCUACUAAGAGAACAAAUGAGAAAGGAGGAUAGUGAGUUGUCCUAUAAUCAAACCACGAAUUUGAAAAAUGAGUCUGGGAAUAAUACCAACGAAGAAGAAACGUAUGUAGAUAGUAAAUCAAAGAAAGGUAAAAACAAAAAGAAACCUCUUAGAAAAUUACCUUCUUCCGAUGAAGAAGAAUCGAAUCACAUCCUUAUUCCGGGGGACACUCCACUAAAAGACAGUGAUGAGGAUUGGAGUAUUUCUAAGAAAAGUAAGAAAGGAACGUCCAAAAUCAAGGAGGGAUCUCAAAAUAACAACAGUACUGCUAAAGACAUCUCUGCGACUAAUUCAACAAAGAACGAGGACGAGGCUGGAAAUAGCAAACAAUACGACGCAGGUGAUUUGGAUCAAAAAUGUUUAACUUGCAAUGAACAAUUUAGUUCUAAGAACAAAUUGUUCAAUCACUUGAAACAGACUGGCCACACUGUCGAAAAAAAAUUCAAGAAAAAAGGCAUGAGAAUUGGACUCAGGGAAGUGCAAAGGAGGAGAGAAGCGAAAAAAAAAGUUUAAGUUAGUAGUUCUUGAAUAUGUAAAUAGGUAGUCAUUUAUAUUAACCAUCUUAAAUCGAAUAAGAAAUAUUUCCGUGUAGUUUCACAAUAAACAAAACAUGUU